AUGGCUGAUCGGGAUGUCAAGUUAUCAUGGAUCGCUUUCUUCGCAUUAUGGAUCCUUUGGUGUUUGUUGUGGUUCCUUCGCCAUGUAUUCGGUGAUGGUCAUCAAGGUGCGGAUUAUGCUGGUGGAGAAGAAGGUGGUGUUGCUGCCAAUAGGCCAUGGAUUCGACAUCCUCUUGCUAUUGCCACCCACAGUCGUCUUAGCCGAGCAACGGAUGUUUUACGUGAUUUGGUGCUUAUGCUAUUUUCAAUGCUCGCUCUUAACACAUUGGCUCGUGGCGUCCAACGUCAAGUGAUGAUCCUAUGUUGGGUCUUUUUUGCAUUCGCUGUAUUUUGGACCAUCUUUGAAGCGUCCUAUGAGCAUCAUAUGGCUAGACUAUUAUACGGCAUCAUAUUCUUUAGCUUGUCACUUACCAUUGGUGCACUCGCUUUUCGGGAUGGCUUCAAGUAG